AAAUUAUAUUUUACAUGUCAAUAUAUUUUGAUUUUGAAAACUGAGAUUUUUGUUGUUUUGUUUAUCUUCUAAAACGUAAUGCUGAAUACCUUAUGGGGAAUUCGCAAACGGAUCAACUAAAAGGCCAAGAUAAAGAAGAACAAGUUAAACAGUAUUUAGAACAAGCUAAAAAGGAUUUUGAAAACAGAUGGAAUAAUCCCACAACGAAUACAGCAAAGCUAAAAGAUUUUGAAAGAAUUCAAACUCUUGGCACUGGUUCAUUUGGAAGAGUCAUGCUUGUACAGCAUAAUGAUACAAAAAAGUACUACGCCAUGAAAAUUCUCGACAAACUAAAGGUUGUAAAAUUAAAGCAAGUGGAUCAUACACUGAAUGAAAAAAGAAUACUGCAAGCCAUAGAAUUCCCUUUUAUGGUCAAUCUUGUGUACCAUUUCAAAGAUAACUCCAACUUGUAUAUGGUGUUGGAAUAUGUUUCUGGUGGUGAGAUGUUUUCUCAUUUGCGACGGACGGGUCGAUUUAGUGAACCAAGUACAAGAUUUUACGCUUCACAAAUUGUGCUGUCAUUUGAAUAUCUACAUUCUUUAGACCUAGUAUACAGAGAUUUAAAACCCGAGAAUCUUCUCAUAGAUGAAGAAGGCUAUGUUAAAGUAACAGAUUUUGGAUUUGCAAAAAAAGUUAGAGGAAGAACAUGGACGCUGUGUGGCACUCCAGAGUAUUUAGCCCCGGAAGUCAUCCUGAGCAAGGGAUACAACAAAGCUGUUGAUUGGUGGGCUUUUGGUGUGUUAGUUUAUGAAAUGGCGGCAGGUUAUCCGCCGUUUUAUGCCGAUCAGCCAAUACAAAUAUAUGAACGUAUUGUUUCUGGAAAAGUUCGAUAUCCUUCCCAUUUCUCGGCCGAGUUGAAAGAUUUGUUGAAGAACCUUUUACAAGUAGAUUUAACGAAGCGGUACGGCAAUCUCAAGAAUGGAGUAGCUGACAUUAAAAAUCACAAAUGGUUUGCUACAACCGAUUGGAUUGCCACUUUUCAGAGAAAACUUGAAGCUCCAUUUGUCCCACCGACCAAAGGACCGGGUGAUGCCAGUAAUUUUGAUGAAUAUGAUGAAGAAGCUUUAUUCAUCGCAUCCACAGAAAAAUGUCCUAAAGAAUUCGAAGAGUUUUGAAGUAAAGAACCUGUGUGUGUACACUUUGCUACAUCAGAACAUUUUGCCUGGAUUUGCGAAAAUACUUUUGAAGAGAUUCCAGACAAAUAUUUCUGUCUUUUAAGAAAUUAUGAUUGCGAUGUCCUUGCCCUUUCUCCCAUCUAUAAAGUUUAGCUGUCGAAGAAAAAAAGAAAUUUGAUUUUUAAAUCAUACGAAUUUAUUGGGGUGGGGGAUCUAUUCUAAGUCUGUGCGCAGAAAAAUAUGCUAAUCUUUUCUUUUUAAAAUUCUAAGAUAUUUUGUAAAUUAGUAACAAUUGUCUCAAUUUAAGUGAAAUUAACUGUUUUCUUUUAUUGAAAUUUCCAUUAUUAUACAUUUUUUGAUAAUUUCAAAAUCCAUGGUGCAAUUUUAUUGUAAUUUAUUGAUCUCGAGCUUUGGUAUUUAGUACCAAGAAGAGCUAAAAAUGAUUCAAAAAUCCAUUUUUAAAAACGUCAAAAAAAGAUAUGAUUGAUGAGAAAAUUAUCGAAACUCUAUCAAGUCAUGAAUGAAUGCUCUUUUUAUAUAAACUUAUAUAUUGCCUUCAUCUGAAGGCAACUUUAACAGAUAUCAAAGUCAAUCUUUAUACAAAUAAUAUCACAGUUAGUGGUAAGCUUUGAAACUGUUGAUCAAACUUCAUAGUUUGAAGCCAAAAUAUUUAUUAUGUAGAACACGAACUUUUCAUAAUUUUAUCAACCCUUUAUAAAUGUGCAUAUAUAUGUUUAAAUUAUGUAUUUAAGUAUGUUCACAGGAUAUUUAGUUGGUGUGCACAUGUAAGUAAAAAUAAUUAAUAUCUCAAUGAUAUUAA